AUGUGUAUAUCUUUGUUUCUUUGGCAAUCCCACCCACUCUACCCUUUUCUUCUUUUCAAUAACAGAGAUGAGUAUCACAAUAGGCCUACGAAGGCCGUGUCAUGGUGGGAAGGUUGUGAUAUACUGGGAGGAAGGGACGAAAUUGGAAGAGGGACAUGGUUGGCUUGUUCUAAAGUAGGAAGAGUUGCUUUUCUUACCAAUGUUUUGGAGCUUCAUACAAACCCUGAGGCUAAAAGUCGCGGAGACUUACCCGUCCUAUUUCUCAAGAGCAGCAAGAAUCCCCAGGAAUUUGCACAAAGCCUAAAAAAAGAAGCGCGUUAUUACAAUGGGUUCAACUUAAUCGUGGCUGAUAUUGUGUCGAAAUCCAUGGUGUACAUCUCCAACAGGCCCAAGGGACAACCUAUUACCAUUCAAGAGGUUCCUCCAGGGCUGCAUGUACUUUCAAAUGAUAAGUUAGAUUCACCAUGGCACAAGGCUCAGCGCCUUGAAUUCAGUUUCAAAGAGCAUCUUGCUAAAUAUGGGGAAGGUGAGAUACCUGUGAAGGAGGUAAUUAAGAAGCUAAUGAAGGACACAGUUAAAGCUGACGAAAGUGCACUACCUCAUAUAUGCUCACUUGAUUGGGAAUUCAAUCUAAGCUCCAUUUUUGUUGAAGUUGAAACACCACUUGGUCUAUAUGGCACUAGGAGCAGUGCUGCCUUAACCGUAAGAUCAAGUGGGGAAGUGAGCUUUUAUGAGCUUUAUCUCGAAAACAGCAUGUGGAAGGAGCAUGUUAUCAAUUUCCAUAUCCGAAAGUUGAAGAAAACAUAUAGGACUAUAUAG